AGCCUGUUGCAGGGUGCAACUUCUGAACCCAAAUCUGUGUCUGAGGACAAACCCUCCUCACGCAAUGAUGAUGCGAGACUACUCAUGCCUCUCAUCCCUCUCAUCCCUCCACACUGAUGAUGCUCCCAUCCGACAGGUCGUCCUCACCGGGGGGGGCUGCUGUCCCGGCUCCAGGCUGCAGUGGCCAUGAGGCACAUGACGAGAGCACAGCUGGACAGAAAGGCAGGCGAACUGUAACACACCUCAUCGGGCGUUUUUUUUCCUGCACGUCACAGCACAAGACGCGCGGGAGACGCGCCCACGCGUCCCGGGCGGUCCGGACAUGAUGCCCCGUCUGCCGGCCGGCGGCAGGACGGCGUGCGCGACCACCGGCACCCUUCUGUCGGCGUGUCUGGUGUCCGCCUGCCAGGCGCUGCGGAGCUGCGGGGAGGUCCAGUGCGCCGACGGCCAGCAGUGCUGUCCGCCGCUGGUCGCCGGCAACGGCAGCGCCGGCUCCGCGGUGCGCUGCUGCAAGCUCCCCAUCCACGUCUUCUUCGACAACGUGGGCUGGUUCACGCGGAAGCUGUCGGGCAUCCUGAUCCUGUUGCUGCUCUUCGCCAUGGGCUACUUCAUCCAGCGGAUCAUCUGCCCGCGGCCGCGCCGGCACCCGCACCACGAGCGCAGCGAGGAGCCCUCCCUCUUCCACGGGCGCGCGUCGGCGUCGGCGUCGCAGGACUCGCUGCUGGACCGGUACCCCGCGUACAGCCUGGAGGACGUCGCCUCCCCGAGCCUGCCCGCCUACGACGAGGUCAAAUACCUGCCCACGUACGAGGAGAGCAUGCAGGAGCUGCACCGGGGCCGAUCCGACGACCACCUGCUGUCGGAGCACGGGCCGAGGGCCGGAGACCCGAGGCGGGACGUCCCGGACGUGCCGGGAGCGCAGCGCAGCCCCAGGACAUCUCGAAACUCCGUGUGACGGGGACGCAGAGACAAUAAUGCUAUUCUCAUUUUUAAUAUCAUCAGGGUGAUCGUCCUGCAGGGACGGCUUACAAACUCAAGUGCAAUUAUAAGCCUGAAUGUUAAGCAUAAAGGAGGGGGCUGAGAAUGUGUACGUGUUUCGUCCCAUUAUAGGGGAUUGCUCGCCUUUUGUAUGCAAAUGACCGCUUGGGUUGAAGGCACGGGGAUUAUAAAGUGAGCGAAGGCGCCUGAAAGUGACGCGCUUUGUGUCGGGGAAGGCUAAUUUGGCUCCGGCACAAUCGCAUUAAGUUUUACCUCAGCACCUCCAUUUUUAAGUGGCACCGUGAAACGGUUUUUCUUCUGUCCAAUUCUCGCCCUUUCUUACUCCUAAUGGUAAAUAUUCUGCUGAACCAAAAAGAGCUCCCACUCUUUACGUAUCCUUCAUUGAAUUUGCAUCCAAAAGGAAGAAUAUAUAGACCCCCCCAGUAACCUCAGUAACCCCUGAUGUGAGUGGACAGGAGGGGGUAAAGGAAUGAAUAUCAAUUGAAUACCCUAAAUCAGUCAAAUGUAAUGCCUGUUAAUGUAUACAUUAUUAGCGUUGAAGCAAUAUUCUGUGGAGAUGACAGACACAUGCCGGUGUAAGAUGCACCACUGACAAUCCACUGAUGUAGGCUCAGAAAACAUGCAAAUAUUUUAUAUUUGAGAGGCCGGACCAAGUGGGUUUUGGUCAAUUUCGCUUUUAUAGGUUCCUUAAAUGAUAAAUCGAUUGAAAAAAUUGUUGCCAGUUAAUUUUCUGUGAAUUCCUUUGCCUGCCCUUAAUGGGAAAUGUAUAAACUGUGUGACUAUAUUUGACCUUUUUACUGGUGCAUAAGCAGGUGGAAUAAGUGACCCUCACCGAACCGAAGCUCCUGGGUGGUUAUCUAUCAACAGAAAGACCAAAGCAUAAUCGCUGUGACAAUAUAAUACCAGACACAGCUUAUGAAGAAAUUCGUAUUCACCACAAUAAGUAAAAUGUCCUUUUCUGUGAAAUGUUUUUCCAUAAAAAAAAUAUAUGGAAGAAGUUGUUUUCCAAAGCAUCUGUAUCCACAAAACUAGACCUAUUUUUUAGAGACGCCGAGCUUCUCUAAUGCUUCUGACCCUAAAAGUCUGAAUGUGAUUGUGGUGGUGGGUGUAAUCCAAUACUGCCAGAACAUGAUGGCAGAGCCAACGGUCAACGCUGAUGGCUUUCCUUUCCACAGGGACAUUUGUGGGUGGGUGGAGUUUGCACUUAAAAGCAUUAAAUCCAUGCUUAAAACCCGCUGAUGGGUGAAUGAGGUGGUAUGUGACCCCACGAUGCACGAAGCCAUGUAUGGGACCUACUCAAACCGUUCGAGGUGUGAACGUCACGUUUCACUCUCUCCUUCACAAUCACUGCAGUUCAGUUUACACUUAGUCUGCAGUUCAGUCUACACUUAACGGAAUUUCAGUUUAACCCCAUUUGGCGAGGGAGAGGACACUAGUAAGAGUGUUUUUCUUUUCCACAUACUACAAAUUCUAACACAUACUGUCUGUGCACAAACAUUCAGUCUACAGACAGACAGGAAAAACACAGCCACGCACAAGGAUAAACACAGGAACAAAUACAGUACACACACACACACACACACUCACUCACUCACACAAAAUGGAUUUGGUGUAAGCAACAUCAGAAUCUGCAUCAAUUCUCCAGUUAUCAUUGCACACGUCCAAAGAACAGAUCAACUAUAAAAGGUCAAAUCGAUGAACAUUAUCCUCCUCAUAAA